UCCUCGGCAGCCUCUCCUCCUCCUGGCAGAGCGUCCAGCCCCUGCCUGCUCCUCCCCAGGUCCCGGGCGCCUCUGGCAGGAGCCUCCCUCUCUCCCUCCCUCCCCCCCUCCCGUGGCCACUAGCUCCUCCCCUCUCCUGCUCCUCUCCCCAUUCACCCCAUCCCUAACCCGACUCUGCAGACAUGAGGGUCUUGGCCUGCCUCCUCGUGGCUCUGAUGGGGAUCCAGGCUGUUGAGUGGCUGCGUCUGGCCGAUGGCCCCCACGGGUGUGCAGGCCGCCUGGAGGUGUGGCACGGCGGGCGCUGGGGCACCGUGUGCGACGAUGGCUGGGACCUGAGGGAUGCUGCUGUGGCCUGCCGCGAGCUGGGCUGUGGGGGCGCGCUGGCUGCCCCUGGAGGCGCCUUCUUCGGGGAGGGCGCGGGGCCCGUGUGGCUGAGCGAGCUGGCCUGCCGGGGCGGUGAGCAGCAGCUGGGCCUCUGCCCCCACCGCGGCUGGAAGGCCCACAUCUGCUCCCACGAGGAGGACGCAGGCGUCGUCUGUGCAGGUCAGCGUGUGUUGGACUCCAGGGAUUGGGACGACUCACCUUCAGUCCUGGAUGGGGACCCCUGGCCGGGGCUGUCUGGGGAGCUGAGCCCCGGCUCUGAGGAGGCCCCGGUGAUGCCUGCCCCCCGCCCAGCCGGGACCCCCCAGAGCGGCUCCCGGAAGAAGAGCCCCCGGCCGCCCAAGCCCGCCAAGUCCACUAGGGCCCCUUUGCUGACUGCCGGAGCCCCCCGCCAGGAGCGUCUGCGCCUGGUCUCCGGCCCCCACGGGUGCGCCGGCCGCCUGGAGGUGUGGCACGGCGGGCGCUGGGGCACGGUGUGCGACGACGGCUGGGACCUGCGGGACGCCGCCGUGGCCUGCCGCGAGCUGGGCUGCGGGGGUGCGCUGGCCGCCCCCGGCGGGGCCCGGUUCGGCCCGGGCGCAGGGCCCGUGUGGAUGGACGACGUGGGGUGCGGAGGCGGGGAGCAGGCCCUGCGGGACUGUCCCCGAAGCCCCUGGGGCCGGAGCAACUGUGACCACAGCGAGGACGCAGGACUGGUCUGCACCGGCCCGGCCCCCAGGCUGCGUCUGGCAGACGGCCCCCACGGGUGCGCGGGCCGCCUGGAGGUGUGGCACAGCGGGCGCUGGGGGUCCGUGUGUGACGAUGCCUGGGACCUACGGGACGCCGCUGUGGCCUGCCACGAGCUGGGCUGCGGGGGCGCGCUGGCUGCCCCUGGAGGCGCCUUCUUCGGGGAGGGGGCUGGACCCAUCCUCCUGGACGAUCUUCGCUGUCGGGGAAACGAGACGGCCUUGCGCUUCUGCCCUGCGCGGCCCUGGGGCCAGCAUGACUGUCAUCACCGAGAGGACGCUGGGGCCGUGUGUGACGGUAUGCCUCUGGGAUAUGUCCCUCCCAUGGCCCCCGCGGUGGGCAGCAACAGCUCCAGGCCCAGGGAAACUGCAUCCAGGCCCCCGCCCCCCACGGUGAGCCAGGCUGUGCGGAUAGCAGGCAUUUCACCUCCGCCCGCUUCCCCUGCGGCCCCUCAGGAGCCUGGGCCGGAAGCUGGGUCCCCCCAGCUGCGCCUGGUGGCCGGGCCCAGCAGGUGCUCAGGCCGGCUGGAGGUGUGGCACGGUGGGCGCUGGGGGACCGUGUGUGACGACAGCUGGGACCUGCGGGACUCGGCUGUGGUCUGCCGGGAACUGGGCUGCGGUGGACCUCGGCAGCCAGACCCUGCUGCCGGCCGCUUCGGCUGGGGCGCCGGCCCCAUCUGGCUGGACGAUGUGAGGUGUGUGGGGACCGAGGCUUCCCUCGCUGACUGCCCUGCCGCUCCCUGGGGGAAGCACAACUGUGCUCACAACGAGGACGUUGGAGUUACCUGCACUGGGACCCCCGGCCUGGACUCCAUCUCAGACCCCUUCAGUUGGAGCUGGAUCCCUGGCCUGGGUAGAGAUCCAGAUGCCUGGCUCCCGGGGGAGCUGGCUACCAAGCCCUCUGCGAGGCGGACCCCCGGUGUUCCUGAGAAAACCACCACCAAGGCCCCAGGGAAGAUACCCAAAAGCACAAAGAAGUGGGUGACCAAAAACACAAAGAGACCGACCACUCAGCCCGCCGUGAUACCAACCCCUAAGCACUCCAGGGCCACGGGCACCCAGAGUGCCCCAGAACUGACCUCACUGACCACCACGACUCCGACCACUGAGGCCUCUCGAAGACCGACCUCCGAGUUUACCACCAGGCUGACCACGGAGGACCCUCACAGGCUGACCUCACACACCACCGAAAGGCGGACUCCCCGGGUCCCCCGGGAACGGACCUCUAAGACCCUGGCAACACCGACCACCCAGGGCCCCCGAGAACUGACCUCUGAGGCCACCAUGGAGCCAUCGGCCAAGAUCCCAGGAGUAGGUACUCCAGAGUCCUCCAAAGACCCAGCCCCCUCCCCCACUGGGGCAUCAGGCCUGUUCCGGGUUCGUCUGGCUGAUGGGCCCAACCGGUGUGCCGGGCGGCUGGAGGUGUGGCACGCUGGACGCUGGGGGACAGUGUGUGAUGACAGCUGGGACCUGCGGGAUGGCAUGGUGGCCUGCUGGGAGCUGGGCUGCGGAAGGGUUCGGCCCCGAGUGGGCAAAACCCACUACGGCCCUGGCACCGGGCCCAUCUGGCUGGAUGACGUGGGCUGCAAGGGAAGUGAGGCCUCGCUGAGCAACUGCCCCACUAGGGCGUGGGGACAGCACAACUGUGACCACGAGGAGGACGUGGGGCUCACCUGCACCGGCUAUGCAGAUGAGGCAGACUAUCCCCCCUGGACCUGGGACCCCACCUCAGGAGAGGACCUGGCCAAGGGGACCACCGCUGCAGCGGUGCCUGCACACACUCUCCCCUGGGGCACGGCUGGGAGCACAGGGGCCCCCUCCCCAACGACGAGGCGCCUUCCAAGCACAGGUGGCGAGGAUGGUUAUGAGCCUUCCUGGACAUGGGAUACACCUUCAGGAGAGGUCCCAGCCAAGGGGACCCCCACCGCAGGCAUACCUGGACCCUCUGGCACCGCUGGCACCAUCAGGAGCCCAGGCCAUCCCUCUCUAGCUCCAAGGGUCCGUGGGGAUACAGGUUCACUGAGGAAACCGUGGCCCGAGCGACGGCUGCGGCCCACAGCGGCCAGGACUGCGCCCCCCACCACUUCCCCAGCUCCCUCCGCCUCGCCGGGGCCCCCGGGCCCUGUCCUGACCUCUGACUCCGCGCCGCAGCUCAUCCCCACAGCAGCUUCAACGCCGGAGGUGACCUCUGACCCUCCCGCCACUUUGCCGCCCAGCCCAGACCCGGCCUCCUGGAUGAACUCUCACCGCACCUUGACAACCCCUGGCCUUACCUUGUCCGCCCCUGAUGCCACCGUGUUUCCAGCGCUGACCCCUGGGUUUUCACCCACUCCACCACCCACCAUGCCCAAAGAACUGACCUCUGACCCCUCUGCACCGGCGGAGACCCGCCUUUCCCCUACCUCAGAGCUGACCCCAGAGUCUGACACAACCCCAGUCUGGGACACAUCUCCAUACCCCAACACAACUCCAGAACCUUCUAGUUUCCCAGACCCUUCCACAAGUCCUCACCCCACUACCAUCCCUCACUCCACCAUGACCUCUCACCCUACCACGACCUCUCACCCCACUGCCACCCCUUACCCCACCCCCACCCCUCACUCUACCACAACCCCUCACCCCACCACAGCCCCUCCUCCCAUCACCAGUGCUCAACCUAUCACAACCGCUUACUCAACCACAACCCCUCAACCCACCACGACCCCUCAACCCACCACGACCCCUUAUCCCACCACGACCUCUCACCCCACCACAGCCCCUUAUCCCACCAUGACCUCUCACGCCACCGCCACCCCUUACCCCACCCCCACCCCUCACUCUACCUCAACCCCUCACCCCACCACAGCCCCUCCUCCCAUCACCAGUGCUCAGCCUAUCACAACCCCUUACCCAACCACAACCCCUCACCCCACCACGACCCCGCAACCCACCACAACCCCUCACCCAACCACAACCCCUCACCCCACCACGACCCCGCAACCCACCACAACCCCUCCUCCCAUCACCAGUGCUCAACCCAUCACAACCCCUUACCCUGCCACGACCCCUCACCUCACCACCACUGCUUACCCCACCAUGACUCCUCACCCCACCUCAACCCCUAUGGUCACUGCCAAGUCCCUUCUAACUUCCUUGGGAACAGAACUUCCCUUUCCCUCUUUAGCACCAACAGUCAAGCCCAGCCCACACCCCCGGUUGACCUUCACGGGAGCCCCUCACCCCUCCACGUCCCAGAUGUGGAGCCUAGAGCCCUGUCCAGCAACAGAGUCCAGCCCCUGCAGGCCCUCUCCAGCCCCCGGCAUAGACACACUGUCCACUGAGAACUUCAAACCACCCACAAGCCAGAGUCCCAAAGUAACCUCUCCACCUACCCAGACUCCACACUCAGCCUCUGACCCCACUGUGACCCCUGACCUCCACCUGUCCCCUAUGGCCCCCCCCUUGGAUCAACCUCCCCCUGACCGCCUCACCCUAGGGCCAACUCCUGGUCAGAGCCCAGGCCCCCUUGGCCCAUGUGAAGCCCCAGUGCCACCUGUAAGGGUCAUGGCUUGUGAUCCGCCUGCCCUGGUAGAGCUGGUGGCCGCUGUGAGGGAUGUGGGUAGCCAGCUACAGAGGCUGACACAGGCUCUGGAGCGGGACCAGCAGGAGCGCCACGCCCUGGGACUGGGGUUGACCCAGCUGGUGGAGGCUGCCCAGGGUCUGGGGCAGCUGGGUGAGGUUGUAAAGAGACUGGCAGAGGUGGCCUGGCCCCCCAGCACACCUGCACCAACCACUACUACCCCAGAGGAGGAAGAGAGGCCUCUGCGGGGAGAUGUGUGACCUCAUCUGGGGUCUGAGGGACUUAAGACACUCCCAAACCCAAAUAGGAAAACCAAAGUAUCUAAUUAAAAACAAAAUGUGAAUGAUGUUUCUGGGGUACUAGAGGAGGUGUGAAUACAACAGGCACCAUGUGAGGUGGUGAGGCUGGUGAGGACGACGGUGAUAGUGGUGAUGAGUAUGAUGGUGGUGAUGAUGGUGAAGGCAAGAAUGGUGAUAGUGAUGGUGAGGGUGGUUAUGAUGAUACUGGUGGUGGUGAUGAAGGUGACCAUGAUGGUGGUGAUGCCUAUCCUGAUGGUAAUGUGACAGUAAUGGUGAAAGUGAUGAUAAUGAUGGUGAUGGUGGUGAUAAUGGAGGUGAGGAUGGAGAUGACGGUGGAGAUGGUGGUGAUGAUGGUCAUGAAGAUCAUGGUAAUGACUAUUGUAAUGAUGGUGAUGAUGGAGGUGAGGAUGGAGAUGACGGUGGAGAUGGUGGUGAUGAUGGUCAUGAAGAUCAUGGUAAUGACUAUUGUAAUGAUGGUGAUGAUGGAGAUGAAGAUGAUCAGGGUGAUGAUGGCAGUGAUAACGGCCAUGAUGAAGCCCCAUGAGGGCAGAAAUCUUUGUCUUGUUCACAGAUGUAUGCCCAGCUCCUAGAACAGAACCUGACACCGAGUGCACCCUCCAUUAAUAUUUUUUGAAUGACGAGUGCGUGAUAAUAAUAACUAGUGUUCACUGGGCACCUCCUAUGGGUCAGGCUCUGUUCUGAGGGCUUUGCGUGCAUGAUGUCAUUUUACCUUCAUGAACACCCACUGAGGAGGGUACUUUACCACAGCUCAGCAGGGGGAGGGUGAACUUUGGAGCCUAAAUGCCUGAGUUUGAGCCUUUGAGGGCAUGACCCUGAGCCAGUUACUUAACUUCUUGGUCUGAGUUUCCCCAUCUCUAAAAGGGAAAAUAAUAAUAGUACGCACCUCGGGGGCUGCUGUGAUGAUUAACUGACAGAUUAAUACCUAUGUGAGAGUGCUUAGCACAAGGCCUGGCUCUUGAUAAGUGCUCAAUAUGUGAUAGGUAUUAUUGUAUUUAUCCCCAUUUUACAGAUCAGGGCACUGAGGCGCAGAGACAUUUGGUUGGGUACCCCAGGUCACUCAGGGAGCGCGUAGUAGAGUCAUGAUUGGUACCCAGGCCUGUCUGACCCAGGGCCCUUGCUCAGAAGGUAUUACGUGCCCAAAUCAGAUUAUCCUCGAUUCAAGGCUGCCUCUUGGCUCUGGGACUCUAGCAGUUAAUUUCCUUUCUCCAGCCUCAGUUUUUCCACCUGUACAGUGGGGAUAGUGGUCGUUCCUGCCUCCUGGGGUGGUUGUGAGGAUUAGAUGAGCUAGUGCAGGUGAGGACACAGCUUAGCACACGUGCUCAGUUAACAAGAGUGACCAUAACGGCUCCUAACCGUGCUUCUCUGUGCCGGACACAAUGUGGACUCUUAAUACACUACAUCCCACCCUCACUAUAGCCCUUGGAGGGAGGAACUUGACCCCUGUUUCAGAAAGGGCAUUGAGGCUCAGAGAGGGCAAGCCCCUUGCCUCAGUCCACAGAGAAGAGCUUCGGGGACUCAGAAUAACAAUGCAAAUUCCUCGGCGUCAGACUUGGCCUGGGGUUCCAGGUUAGGCUUCCACGAUGGGCCCCCGCUGAAUAUCCUUAGGUGGGCCUCCUCCUCUCUCAGCCUCAGCUUGUAAACUGGGGGCUGUCUUGGAAGACCCCCCAAGUUGUAUUCUGGCUGCUGCAGCUUCAGGCAGGGAACCAUUCCCUCCUCCCCACCUCUCCCCAGACUGGAGCCUGGCUCAGAGGUCCUGGAAGGUCAUGGAGCUGCUGCCCCCGCAGUCCUGCAAAGGCCAGCAGGGUCCAGUUACUUGCUGGGGGCGGGGAAGGAUAUUGUCUGAGGGUCUUGAUAGAUGAACUGUCUGCACCUGCCAACAGAUGAAGACGCACACUGAGAGUCCUUUUCCCCGGGUCUCAUUAAGCCCUAAGACUUAAAUAACUGCUGACUAGUAACCUGGGGAGGGCCUCUGCAUACAUUCCCCUUGCUGUCCCGGCUAGUCGGGACUCCAAGUAUGGCACCCCAACUCGGAAGCAAGAGGUUCCCUUUUUCGUUCCCAGGUGGGAGCAGGUGCACCCCUACUCCAGGUCACCCCAGAGGGCCCCACUGGGGAUUCAGGCUCCUGGCGCCCCUCUGCAAGCCAGGGUUGGGGGAGCUACUGGGCAUUCGUGGCCGAGGUCCCUCCACCCUCUGCCACCUCCUGCCAGCCCUAAAGAAGCGGGUGCUUAAUUAUCCGGUCACUCUAUCCCUGCUUGGCCAGGCAGCUAAGCCCAAACAUCUGGCCUCGGGGCCCAUGGCCAGGAUAGGAGGCCAGCCCCCACCUACUGCUGGCCCUGACCCUGGACACCUCCCACAGGACAUCUGAACCUGAUCCUCUGCCUGCCAGCUUGCAACAAGCCCAAAACAGUAGCUUCAGAGGCCUAGCAAUCUUGAUGCAGAGAAAACAUUUGACAAAAUUAACACCCAUUCAUGGUUUACAAACAGGCACACACACGCACUCUUCGCAAAGUAGGAGCAGAGGGAACAUCCUUAAUCAGACAAAGGGUGGAAAGGGAGGCACAGAUCUGUCAUUUCCCACAGGCGAUACGACUGACCACAUAGAAAACCGCAAAGAAUCAAGCGGACAAGUGUUUAGCAUUAAUGAGAGUUUAGCUGGGAUGUGGGAUCAAUACUCUAAAAUCCUGUUCUCACAAUUCCUUGCACCUCAAAGUGCGACCCAUGGACCAGAAGUGUCGGCCACCCCUGGGAGCUGGUUAGAAAAGCAGAAUUUCGGGUGCCACCCAGACCCACCGGAUCAGAGUCUGCGUUUUAACAAGGUCAGGGGUUAGGGGUGCAGGGUGGGGUGGUGGUGAUGCGUGGGUCUGUACUUGAGCUGAACUAAUGCAAAGAACAGUGUCUCUGAGGCCCUACAAGGCUGGCGCCCUUCUGGGUCCCAGGUAAACACUUUCCUGCAGGGAGGGUGUGGGUUGGUUGCAGCCCCACAGCUUUAACGUUCUGUGGCCAUUAGUCGAUCUGAUGCGCAUUGUGAUUUUUUCGAUUUUUGGGGUUUUUUAGGCCACACUGUGUGGGGACCUAGUACCCUAACCAGGGAUCAAACCCGGGCCCCCUGCAUUGGAAGCACUGGACCACCAGGGAAGUCCUGUGCAUCAUGAUUUUUGAUUUUGUGUUUGCAAUGGAUGAUUCUGUGUUUUGAGGUCAAUGAGACAAGGAAGAAUUCUCUGGGCGCUGGGAGCGGGGACUCAUGCAAAGCCCCACAUCCCCUAUAGGUUCUGGUGGCCAGACCCCUGGCUAUCCAGCUUCAGGCAGGCUCCACGACACCCUACCCCUUGAGGGUCUGCCAGUGAUUAUCCUGGUGCCCAGGGAACAUGACAUUCAG